UGCGUGCGCGAGCACAAGAAGCCUCCAGCCUCAGGGAUCUGCGGAUUGAUUUUUUUUGUUGUUGUUAUUGUUGUUUAAAAAAGAAAUACUUUAAACAGUAUAACAUAUUUGAACAUUCAUUCUAACAGUUCCACCUUCACGUAUAGGUUAAUAAUUCAAAUAUCUCGAGUUUCACCUUCAGUAUGGACGAGGAGAACACUUUUCCGGGACUGGUGUACAGCUGUGGAAAGGAUUUGAUCGGAAGCUCUGUGGUUCCUCUCUCUUACACUUACACACCGUUCUCUAUCGAAAUCCCAAAUGACUGCAUUAACAUCAGCCAUCCUAGUUCACUUCAUCACCAGCACAGUCCGGCACCUCACGCUACGUCUGAGGACCAGCGGGCGUGUCCGUCUGUCUGGGACCACGAUUUUAACACGUACUGCUUUUCCCGUCCACUGUGUUGUGACCCGUCAAGCUCACAUUUGUCCCAGUAUCCUCCUGUGUGUUACUCCGAUGGCCUGCGUCUUCAGGCCAGUCCGCAUCAGUUCCUCGGUCAUACGACUGCCUCACACACCUGGACACCUGGAGGCGCUGUUCAGUAUGAUGCGUCUUCAGCAGAACUAUGUGACGCUGUGGCCAGUCUAAACUCGGAGUAUACGCAGAUCUUCUCCACACGCGAGUCUAUCAGGCAGCAUAAUCAGACGGAUUUAGGCCACAGUCAGGUUCAACCUACAUUUUACCCUGUGCCUCCUGAUAUAGAGAUAGUGGGGCAACACAAGGACCUCAUGCGUUCCUUCUCGGAAAAAUCUAAGAAGCCUUGCCACUGCACUAAAUCUCAGUGUUUGAAACUCUACUGUGACUGCUUUGCAAACGGAGAGAUGUGCAGCGACUGCGACUGCAUUAACUGCUGCAACAACGUGGAGCAUGCGACUGACAGAUACAGAGCCAUUAAGACCUGUUUAGACAGAAACCCGGAGGCCUUUCGUUCUAAAAUCCACAGCAGCAGCGGUGUAGAGGGGGAUGCGAAAGGAAGUCACACACGAGGCUGUAACUGCAAAAGCUCGGGCUGCCUGAAGAACUACUGCGAGUGUUACAAGGCUAAGAUCAUGUGCUCGUCCAUGUGUAAGUGUGUGAGCUGCAAUAACUACAUCAGGAGUGUGGUGAAGGAGAGCGCAGUGGAGACGUCUUCACACCCCGACUACAGCAACACACACCACAGAACCAAGAGCAGUGUGUCUUGUAUCACGGAUGCUGUAGUGGAGGCCACAUGCAGUUGUCUGCUGGCUCAGGCUGAGCAGGCGGAGAAGGAGGGACUCUCUGAAGUUCAGGCUGAGCGAGCGACUCUGGAGGAGUUCGGAUACUGUCUAGCACAGAUAGUACACUACAUGUUCAAACACACACACACACACAGGUAGAGCUGACACACACACACACACACACACACACACACACACACACAGGUAGAGCUUCCACACACAUAGGUAUAGCUGCAUAACACACACACACAGGUAGCUGACACACACACACACAGUACAGGGAAUAUGUUUCAUGUCAUAUUCCACGGAGUGUUAGUACAUUAAUGUGUGAUGAUUAUUUUUAUUUGUCUUUUAUAGUUAUUAUAUUGUAUUUUUUUUUAUAUAAUAUAUAUAACAUUUUUUAAUAUAAUUUACAUAUACUCUAGGAUUUUUGUCUUUAUUUUUUA